AUGGCCAUGCAUAGGAAGAUUUUCCCUACCCCGCUGCGGGAAUUAUUUCCGCGAACGCCAGGUCACUUGCAAUUGCUAGAUGCUCUAGUAGAAAACCAUCUCACAACUACCACCACGAUUCCCGCUUAUAUAAAUCCGCACAUUCACCAUCCACCCAUCGUACUCGACUCGACUUGCCUCGUCAUAUGGAGCCCCGGCGCCGGCCAACCAAUCAUCUAUGUCAUGACAAUGAAAUUCCGAGAUUCAGUCCAUAGACUCAUAAUCUACUAA